UUCCAUUUUUGCAGAAGCCCUUUGCCGACUUGUAGGCCCCGAGCUGGACAUUUACCGAAAACCCCAAUUAAAUCCUCAAAACGUUUUUUUAACAUUUACUCAUUUUUGAAAUUAAAAAUUCAGCCACCCAACAACUUAGAGCUUCAUCUACCUUCUCCCCCACAACUUCCUUUAAGUACACAACUACCAAAUAUGGAUUUAACAUCUUCUAUUAUUCCAAUUACAACACAAAAUUUUAUGCAAAAUUCCCCAAAAGAACAUUCAUUAUAUGUUCAAGGGGGAAUGGUACAAAGACAACAACCACAUCCAUUAAAUGACUUUGAAAAUUUAAAUUCUGCAACUAACGGUAAAAUUAAUGGUUAA